AUGUCAAAAAAUAUAUUAGUUUUAGGUGGAUCAGGUGCUUUAGGUGCUGAAGUUGUUAAAUUUUUUAAAUCAAAGAGUUGGAAUACAAUUUCAAUUGAUUUCCGUGAAAAUCCAAAUGCUGAUCAUUCUUUUACAAUUAAAGAUUCAGGUGAAGAAGAAAUUAAAUCAGUAAUUGAAAAAAUCAAUUCAAAAAGUAUUAAAGUUGAUACAUUUGUAUGUGCAGCAGGUGGUUGGUCAGGUGGUAAUGCAUCAAGUGAUGAAUUUUUAAAAUCAGUUAAAGGAAUGAUCGAUAUGAAUUUAUAUUCAGCAUUUGCAUCAGCACAUAUUGGAGCUAAACUUUUAAAUCAAGGUGGUUUAUUCGUUUUAACAGGUGCAUCAGCAGCAUUGAAUAGAACAUCAGGUAUGAUUGCCUAUGGUGCAACCAAAGCAGCAACUCAUCACAUUAUUAAAGAUUUAGCAAGUGAAAAUGGUGGUCUCCCAGCCGGUUCAACUUCAUUAGGUAUCUUACCAGUUACAUUAGAUACUCCAACCAAUCGUAAAUACAUGUCUGAUGCUAACUUUGAUGAUUGGACACCACUCUCUGAAGUCGCUGAAAAAUUAUUUGAAUGGUCAACAAACUCUGAUUCAAGACCAACCAAUGGUUCUUUAGUUAAAUUUGAAACUAAAAGUAAAGUUACCACUUGGACAAAUUUGUAA